UUUACCAAGCGAGGCCAGUUUCUGCCCAAGCCCACAUUGAGCCCGGUCCUGGUGGCCGAUGGGACGAGCGAAUAACGGAGUAAGGUGCGAAACUCCGAAGGUAUAAGAUAGUCUCACUCGGUCGGUAAUCUCUCUCUUAGCUCCUAGUUCCUACUCCGGAGUUCCUGACUUGCGGCAAACGAAGAAGGGAAAUAACUUGCUAUUCUUUGUAAAAUCUCUUCAGCUCGGCAUUCGUCAGUGAUUAUAGUUUAUUCAUCAAGUCGUUCGGUUAACCUAAUCUAACAUGGAAUCCAUCGAAGCUUUGAUCGCUCACAUACAAGGGCUUUCGGCUAGCGUGGAGGAUAUUUCUCAUCUUCACAAUCUCUUGAAAUUGGCCGAGGAAUCUCUCCAAUCUGUGGCGCCUCGAUUAUCUUCCUUCUUGGGGCAGCUUGACCCCGCUAAACAUUCUCUCGGCUAUCUUUAUAUCCUGGAGGCAUACACUUCUGCUCCAAUAGCAAGAGAGCAUCCUAGUGAAUUCCUUGUGUCCAUCUCUACCUUUAUCAGUUCUUGCUUAGCAGAGCAGAUACGUUUGGCACCUGAUAAAUUUGUAUCUGUUUGCAAGAGGUUCAAGGAUCAAGUUCUGCUGCUUCAAGAACCGUUACGAGGCAUAGCUCCCAUGCGUACAGCUGUACAAAAGCUUCAGUCUUCUCCUGAACAUUUAACUGCUUUGCAUCCAGAUUUUCUCCUUCUUUGUUUAUUGGAAAAGAGCUAUAAAACCGGUUUAGGUAUUUUGAAGGAGGAUAUCUUUGAGAUUGAUCAACCAAGGGACUUCUUCCUAUAUUGCUAUUAUGGGGGGAUGAUAUGCAUAGGCCAAAAGCAAUUCCGCAAAGCCAUGGAGCUUUUGCACAAUGUUGUUACUGCACCAAUGCCAACUACAAAUGCUAUAGCUAUUGAAGCUUACAAAAAAUACUGUUUGGUUUCCCUCAUUCUUAAUGGGCAGUUUUCAACUACUCUACCAAAGUAUACUUCUUCAGUUGCACAAAGGAGUCUAAAGAACUUUUGUCAGCCUUACGUUGACUUGGCAUAUAGUUAUAGCAGUGGUAAAAUUUCAGAAUUAGAGAGCUGUAUCGAGAUAAACAAGGAGAAAUUUGAAUCUGACAACAAUCUUGGCUUAGUGAAGCAGGUUGUAUCUUCUCUAUAUAAGAGAAAUAUCCAGAGAUUAACACAGACAUACUUGACUCUUUCACUUCAAGAUAUUGCCAACACAGUGCAACUGAAUACCCCCAAGGAAGCAGAGAUGCAUGUUCUCCGGAUGAUCCAAGAUGGUGAGAUAUUUGCAACAAUCAACCAGAAAGAUGGGAUGGUCAGCUUCCACGAGGAUCCUGAGCAAUAUAAGACAUGUGAGAUGAUAGAGCAUAUCGACUCGUCAAUUCAGAGGAUAAUGACAUUGUCCAAGAAGCUGAGUGCUGUAGAUGAACUCAUUUCAUGUGAUCCUGCUUACCUGGCGAAGGCCGGGAGGGAGCGGCAGAGAUUUGAUUUUGAUGACUUCGAUACUGUCCCUCAGAAAUUCAACUUGUAAUGUGAACUGAAAUGGCAACACAUAUUUUGGAGAUUACUCUGAUAUGAACGUAAAGCCCACAAAAGGAGCAUAAAAGAAUGCUAAAUGAUGAUCAAGGCAAUGAUGUUGAUAACCAAGUUAAUAUUGGUCUUAUUAGGAUAUACAUUGUUAAAAGAGGCUGCUGAAGUUCGUAUUUUAUUCAUUAUCUUUUCCAUGUUGGGAUUACGGCCAUGCUUUGAUUCUGUUCAAAGCAUCACUUGAUUGAAUUUUGUAUUUGGACCUUGUGUAGAUUUAUGAACGAUUAUGGGAGGAAAUAGAUACAAAGGCGUUUAAGUUGUGCAUA